CGUGAAGAUCUGGGUUCUGCAUUCCAGGCAGAGAGAGGAGCAUGUGCAAAGGCCCUGCAGCAGGAAUGAGCUUGGUGUGUUUGUGGAACAGGGAGAAGGCCUGUGUGGCUGGAAUGGAAUGAGUGAGGGCAGGGGCCGGCCCACAAGAACGAGGUCUGAUGACUCCCUCAACCCCCCUAGGGUUCUCCCCACUCCAGAUGGUGCCUCCCAUCAUUCUAGCCCCUCACUGCCUGGGGAGCUGGAGGCUUAGAUGCCUGAGAGGAGUGAGGGGUUGAAGAAUUGCCUGCAUCCCAGGGAUGGAGAGUGGUGGAAGGUGGGUUUGAGAGAGAGGAGGCCUGGACAGUGGGUGAGGAAUGAAAGAGGUGGUGGUUGGAAGUGCAGACACCCAUCUCUGGGGUGAAGGGCAAGGAGCAAAGAUGCCAGAGUUCUUCUCCAUCUAUGACUCACCCUCUCUUCCUCCUCCUCUCCAUUGCUCAACUCCAAAUCUCCCUGGGAAACACCUCCUUGACUGAAGACCAACUCAGUGCCUCACAGGGGUAAUUGAGUCAUGAGGGGUGGAGAAGAGGGUGAGAGGGAGAGAGGAUAAAUAGCAGCGUGGCUUCCCUGGCUCCUCUCUGCAUCCUCCCCGACCUUUCCAGCAAUAUGCAUCUUGCACGUCUGGUCAGCUCCUGCUCCCUCCUUCUGCUACUGGGGGCCCUGCCUGGAUGGGCGGCCAACGAUGACCCCGUUGAGAAGGUCAUUGAAGGGAUCAACCGAGGGCUGAGCAAUGCAGAGAGAGAGGUGGGCAAGGCCCUGGAUGGCAUCAACAGUGGAAUCACGCAUGCCGGAAGGGAAGUGGAGAAGGUUUUCAACGGACUUAGCAACAUGGGGAGCCACACCGGCAAGGAGUUGGACAAAGGUGUCCAGGGGCUCAACCACGGCAUGGACAAGGUUGCCCAUGAGAUCAACCAUGGUAUUGGACAAGCAGGAAAGGAAGCAGAGAAGUUUGGCCAUGGGGUCAACAACGCUGCUGGACAGGUUGGGAAGGAGGCAGACAAACUGAUCCAUCAUGGGGUCCAUCAUGGGGCCAACCAGGCGGGAAGUGAAGCAGGGAGAUUUGGCCAGGGAGUCCACCAUGCUGCAGGGCAGGCCGGAAAUGAGGCUGGGAGGUUUGGCCAGGGGGCCCACCACGCUGCAGAGCAGGCCGGAAAUGAGGCUGGGAGAUUUGGCCAGGGGGCCCACCAUGGUCUCAGUGAGGGCUGGAAGGAGACAGAGAAGUUUGGCCAGGGGGCCCACCAUGCUGCUGGUCAGGUUGGGAAGGAGGCAGAGAAGUUUGGCCAGGGGGUCCAUCAUGCUGCCGGUCAGGUUGGGAAGGAGGCAGAGAAGUUUGGCCAGGGGGCCCACCAUGCUGCGGGGCAGGCCGGAAAUGAGGCUGGGAGGUUUGGCCAGGGGGUCCACCACGCUGCCGGUCAGGUUGGGAAGGAGACAGAGAAGUUUGGCCAGGGGGUCCACCACGCUGCCGGUCAGGUUGGGAAGGAGGCAGAGAAGUUUGGCCAGGGGGUCCACCACGCUGCCGGUCAGGUUGGGAAGGAGGCAGAGAAGUUUGGCCAGGGGGCCCACCAUGCUGUGGGGCAGGCCGGAAAUGAGGCAGGGAGAUUUGGCCAGGGCAUCCACCAUGCUGCGGGGCAGGCCGGAAAUGAGGCUGGGAGGUUUGGCCAGGGGGUCCACCACGCUGCCGGUCAGGUUGGGAAGGAGGCAGAGAAGUUUGGCCAGGGGGUCCACCAUGCUGCCAGUCAGUUUGGGAAGGAAACAGAGAAGCUCGGCCAUGGGGUCCACCAUGGGGUUAAUGAGGCCUGGAAGGAAGCAGAGAAGUUUGGCCAGGGAGUCCACCAUGCUGCCUCGCAGGUGGGGAAGGAGGAAGACAGAGUGGUCCAAGGCCUCCAUCAUGGCGUUAGUCAGGCUGGAAGGGAGGCGGGGCAGUUUGGCCACGACAUUCACUACACAGCAGGGCAGGCUGGGAAAGAGGGAGACAUAGCAGUUCAUGGUGUCCAACCUGGGGUCCACGAGGCCGGGAAGGAGGCAGGGCAGUUUGGCCAGGGAGUUCACCAUACCCUUGAACAGGCCGGGAAGGAAGCAGACAAAGCGGUCCAAGGGUUCCACACUGGGGUCCACCAGGCUGGGAAGGAAGCAGAGAAACUUGGCCAAGGGGUCAACCAUGCUGCUGACCAGGCUGGAAAGGAAGUGGAGAAGCUUGGCCAAGGUGCCCACCAUGCUGCUGGCCAGGCCGGGAAGGAGCUGCAGAAUGCUCAUAAUGGGGUCAACCAAGCCAGCAAGGAGGCCAACCAGCUGCUGAAUGGCAACCAUCAAGGCGGAUCUUCCGGCCAUCAAGGAGGGGCCACAACCACGCCGUUAGCCUCUGGGGCCUCGGUCAACACGCCUUUCAUCAACCUUCCCGCCCUGUGGAGGAGCGUCGCCAACAUCAUGCCCUAAACUGGCACCCGGCCUUGCUGGGAGACUAAUGUCGCCGUUGUCACAUCAGCUGACAUGACCUGGAGGGGUUGGGGAUGGGGGACAGGUUUCUGGAGUCCCUGAGGGCGGUUGUACUGGGAUUUGUGAAUAAACUCGAUACGCUAUGCUGUC